CUUCUUUCAGUUUUUUUAACAACAUUAACUUGGUGAAAGUUGUCCAUAGAUUUCUUAUUACAGAUAUUUUUUUCCGUCCCAGAAAACAACCCUUAAAAAAACACUUUGAAGGAACCAAACCCCCAAAAAAAAAAACAUCUCAAGCUUUGAUCUUUCCAUUUGGAGGUGAGUGAUCAAACAUGGUGAUGGUGGUAGUUUUUACCUUUUUUUUCCCUUUUAAGUCAACUUUUUAGUUGUUUGCCUGUUAUCUGUUAGGAAAUGAUCUUUCAAUUUCAACAGAAGUUUGGUUUAAUUUUGGGUUGUAUGCUGCUGAAUUAAGGGAAAUGAAGACAGCUGUUUUUAAACUGAGUAAACCCCAUUACAACAGAACUUUCCCUGAAUAAAUGAUUUAAUGAAUCAGAAAGGAAUUCUGAAUCAAUUAUUGGCAUGUGAUUUUGUUCUAUACCCUUUGUUAUCAUGAAUCCAUUCAGCCCAGAAAAAAGUGAAUUGAACGCAAUGAUUUUCUCAUUUUGGCAGAGCCCAAAUUCCCCUGAAAACCACAUAGAGAUGACCGUGCGUGCAGAGGGUUUCAGAGCAGGACCCGCCGGAAGUGCCUUGGAUUCAAACGUGUCCGGCGAUUUUUGCCGGAAAAACAACAUAAAUUUAACGAGAUGCGAGCCCAUGAAAUUGAUGCUUGACCGGAGUCCUUCAUUCAAGAGUCUGAUUGAAGACAUCGCUGAGCCCAAUUACAACAUCAACAACAAUGGAAGAGCAACUUGGCCCAUUAAGUCCAGCCCCAAAAUCGUUCUUCCGGAUCCUGCUAUCCUUUUCUCUCCACGGCCCGUUAACGAACUCGAUGCUGCUGCUGUGAAGCUUCAGAAAGUCUACAAGAGUUAUCGGACCCGAAGGAAUCUUGCAGAUUGUGCUGUUGUGGUGGAAGAACUAUGGUGGAAGGCAUUGGACUCUAUGGCUCUUAAGCAGAGCUCUGUGUUGUUCUUCAAUGAUGAAAAACAGGAGACCGCUGUUUCCCGAUGGGCUAGAGCAAAAACAAGAGUAUCAAAGGUUGGUAAAGGAUUGUCCAAAGAUGAGAAGGCUCAAAAGUUGGCCUUACAACAUUGGCUUGAAGCUAUUGAUCCACGACACCGAUAUGGACACAACUUACACCUCUAUUACGAUGUUUGGUUUAAAAGUGAAAGCGCCGAACCUUUCUUCUUCUGGUUGGAUGUUGGAGCUGGAAAAGAAAUAAAUCUAGACAAAUGCCCACGGACAAGACUGCACCAACAAUGUAUCCAGUAUCUACAACCGAAAGAGAGACAAUCUUAUGAAGUAAUUAUCGAAAAUGGGAAGCUUGUUUAUAGAGAAAGCGGCAUCUAUGUCAACUCAACUGAGGGCUCAAAGUGGAUAUUUGUUCUUAGCACAUCUAGGACUUUGUAUGUUGGACAGAAGAAGAAAGGCAAAUUUCAGCACUCAAGUUUUUUAGCUGGUGGAGCAAUUACAGCAGCUGGAAGACUUGUCGCGCACGAUGGAGUCCUCGAGGCUAUCUGGCCAUACAGUGGUCAUUAUCACCCAACUGAAGAGAAUUUCAGAGAAUUCAUUAGCUUCUUGGAGGAGAACGGUGUAGACCUAUCAAACGUUAAGGUACAUUCGUCAAUCAAGUUCUUCAUUUCAAUAAUUCCUACCAAAAGUUUUGCGGUACUGUUAACUUCUUAUUAUUGAUGUCUAAUUGUCCUUUACAUUUCCUCUUUUGAGCAGAGGUGUGCGGUUGAUGAUGAUGACUUUUCAUUCAAGGCUGCUAAUGAGGAAUCAAACGCUCUUAACAAGAUUAGCUCUUCAGCCGAUUUAGAAUCACAGGACAGAAGCACAAUGGAUGUGGAUGGCUCAGACAGAAAGGAGCCAACUGCACCUAUUGAUCAACAAAAUGAUAAUAAGCCCGUGUAUAGCAUGGCUAAGCACUUGUCAAGCAAAUGGAGUACUGGAACAGGACCUAGAAUCAGCUGUGUCCGCGACUAUCCAACAGAGUUACAGUUCCGAGCACUUGAGCACGUUAACCUGUCUCCUCGUUUGGACACAGCACAAUUCUUCAACUUCGGUCCUAUUCCAUCCCCGCGACCAAGCCCAAAGAUUCAUGUUUCUCCAAGACUUGCAUACAUUGGACUACCUAGUCCCCGGACUCCCGUUGCACCUGUUCAUUGAGAUCUGAGAUUAACGGGAUUUCCUUUUCUACUGACACCCGGACUUGGGAGCAAAGCCUAAACAAACUAACAGGAUCAUCUGCUGAUGCUCCAUUCGGCUCAACUAGUUUGAUCCUCGAGAUUCAGGACGUUAACCUGAAUGUUCAUUCUUUGGUUCUUUUAAUCUGAAAGUUCUUUUUUCAAAAUUUUUACUAGGUCACACAGUUGAGCCAAUAUUUUACUUAGUUUUGGCUCAUUUUUAGGUUUUUAGGAAUUCUUUCAAUCUUUAGUACCCAUCAUCUUAGCUCAAACUUCCAUCAGCAGCAGCCUUCAUUUGAUCCUAAUUGAUGUGCUUCAUUUGUUUGUAUAUCUUUCUUUCUAACAACAAAUUCAAUGAUACAAAAUUGAUCAUUUCUUAUAACAGAUUUUGCAUUUGUGAAGUAGUAAAUCAUCCAUAUGUUUUACCCAAUUAUUACUCUUUAUCGGGUAACUACUGGAGUCAAUACGUUCAAUUCAAAUGACUGUUCAAAACUUCAAAUAACCCAAAAAACGGGGUUUGACUGCGGACUCCGGGCUGCAAUGGUCAACCUACGACUUAAUGUGAAACCACCCCCCCCCCCACCCAAACAAGGCAAGAACCGGACCGACCUAUAAACCCGGUCCGCAAUGAUGUAUGUAAACAAUUAUUUCUCACAUCUCAAAAUGAUAAAAUGAUAAUUAUUUUAAGACAGAGAGAUUAUAUAUGUUUUUAGAAGUAACAUUCAAUGCAUUUUAUUUUUGCCCAUGUCCUCUAGUUGGGAAUUAAGUCAACAGUUGACCUCUAGAACUGUCAAUGGGUUUGACCAAUGUAGAUGCGGCUGAAAGCAAAGGUGUGGAAGACUUUGAAGUUGGAAGUUGGAAGUGUUAUUUCUGCGUUUUUGCCCAUUCAUCAAAUGAAAAUUGUUGUUUAGCCCGCGAGUCAGGGAAGACACGGGAACUGCAAUUUUGACCAAUUCGUUUUUGCUUUAGCCCAAAUCCAUCAACUCUUUCGGCUGGCAGCUUGUUCUGAGAUGGCAUAUGUCAGAGGAUUCAUUAUUAUUGGAUAAAAACUCAUCAGCAGAGUAGUUGAAUUUUAUCUUGGUGUAUAUUGGUAUCCGAAAUUAUUAUCCG